AUGACAUUUGUGAUAGACUUGAACACGCAGCCGUCGUCAGAAGAAAUUCACUCAUUUGAUACCCAUAUUGAUAUGGACGAUACAAAUAUUUGUAAUAGUUCAAGCAAUUCUGCUACAGAAACCGAGUGCACGAAUGAAGUCCUAAUUCAUCCCACCAUUUCUGAUGAGGAGAUUCCAAAAGUGGGGAUGCUAUUUGGAACCCUCAAAGAAGCACGCCAAUUUUACUACAACUAUGCCAAUAAAGUGGGAUUCGAGCCUCAUAUAAGAAACACUAACUUCGACAAGAAUGGAAGGACACCCAUUAACCAAUCCAUACAGUGCAAUAGAGAUGGAUACCGAACAAAGAAGAAUCUGGUAACCCAAAGGUCAAACACAGUCUCAUCUGUACACUGUAAAGCUCGCAUCUAUGUGAAACUUGACACAGUGCUUGGAAAAUGGAGACUGUCGAAGGUAGAAUUGGCUCACACGCAUCGGUGUGAUCCCACUUUGUCAUGGAUGUUCAAGAAAAACAGAGAACUCUCUAUGCACGUUAAGGAUGUCAUUGAGCGCAACGACCAGGCUGGUAUACGACCUUCGAAGACUUUUCAGGCGCUUGCUGAUGAAGCUGGUGGUCGUUCUAAUCUGAAAUUUCUUGAGAAGGAUGUUAGGAAUUAUAUAUCUGGUAAACUCCGAAUCAAUGGAGAUAAUACUGAUGCGCAAGAGAUGCUGGACUAUUUUACCAGGAUGAAAGAGCAGAACCCGAAUUUCUUUUACGACAUUUGUGUCUAUAGUGACAAUAGUCUCAAGCAUGCAUUUUGGGCGGAUGCUCGAUCAAGAGCUGCUUACGAGUAUUUUGGUGACGUGGUGUCAUUUGACACCACAUACAAGCUCAACAAGUAUGAGAUGCCAGUUGCAGCAUUUGUGGGUGUCAAUCACCAUAGAAGGUCAUGUCUUUUCGGGUGUGCUUUAUUGGGCAACGAAGAGACUGAGUCCUUUGAAUGGCUCAUGCAAACAUUUAUAAAAUGUAUGGGAAAGACACCAGAUGGAAUCUUAACUGACCAAUGCAGGGUCAUGGCAACAGCUAUUCGAAAUGUCAUGCCAAACACCAGGCAUAGAUUGUGCAUUUGGCACAUCACGAGGAAGAUACCCCAUAAACUUGGAAAGUUGAGCCGUUAUGAGGAAAUUAAAGCUACAAUGCGUGGAAUUAUUUGGGAGUCUCAUUCGCGAGAAUCAUUUGAAAAUAUAUAUCAUAUUCGCAAUAUACGGGUCCCUGUUUUUCUAGAGCAAGAAUUUUGGGCUGGCAUGAGGAGUACACAGCGGAGUGAGAGCAUGCAUGCUUUCUUUGAUAAGUACCUAAUGUGUAGGAGCAGUUUAAUUCAAUUUGUGCACCAGUAUGACAAUUGUCUUGCAGACAAGGAACAGCAGGAGUUGGAAUGCGAUGCAGCAGAUAAUAGGGGCCUGAUCCCAUGUGUAUCGAACUCUCCUAUUGAGAAGCAGUUCCAAUAUGAGUACACGAACUGCAUAUUUUGCGAUGUUCAAGCUGAAUUUGUCAAAAAGUGCGACUGCAACCUGUCUCCAAGGGUAGUGAAGGACAACCAAUACUUCUAUGAAGUGACUCAACAGAAGAUAGUUAAGGGGAUGUCUAUUUACAGUGAGUAUGAGGUUGUGUUUUGUCCUAUCUCGCACCAGGACUUUGUGCAUGACAUGGAGGAGGCUGAUAUAUUGCGUUCCGCUUUUGCAAGUGCUAAAGUGGCACUUAGAGAACAUCGGGCAAAACAUGCAGAAAGCAUGCGCACAAGUGAGUGUCCUAAUGGAUUAAAUGCUUUGCGGAGCCCUCCUCAUGUGGUAUCUAGGGGGCGUCCAAGCUUCAAGAGACUGGAAGCGGAUGUGGACCGGAAAAUUAAGAAUGGUACUAAGAGACGUCGAGCUAGUAGUAAACAUACAAAGGAAGUUGCAGCUGUUGAAGGAGACAAACAUUUAAACAAGGCCACCGAGAAACGCAUUACUGCUAGCAAACACCCUAAGUUUUAUUUUACUGAUUUUGCUCCUCUUGAAGGAAAUUGUUUCACCGACAACACCGUUUCUUGUAUCCCUGAACAUUUUCCUAAUGCAACAAAUACGCAAAUGGAUUCCUUAAGCACGGUGGGAUUUACAACAUUGUUGAAUUCGUUCCAGAACCCUUGUAUUCAUAGGACCGUACUUGUGCUAUAUUACUUAGCAGUUGCAAAGGGAGUGUUCAUUGGUUCAAAUGAAUGA